UAAGCUGCCGCAAAUUAAAGAAGAAGAAGAAGAAGAAGAAGAAGAAGAGCAUUUUCUUGUUCUUGUUCUUGUUCUAAUCGGCAGACCAUCGCAAAUAGAGCCCGGGGGAUUACUUUUCACAAUGUUGAUGAUGAUGGAUGAGAUGUGCUGUAAAUCAGAAACUGAUCAGGGCUUACAGGAUGAGGAAUCUACUGAUCAAACCUCCACAGAGUCUCUGGAUUCUGUCUGUAACGCUGGAGAACAGCAGCCGAUCCUACAGACCAAACUCAAGAUGUGUUCAGUCAAACUGGAGGACAGUGGGAACCAAAUGGAGAUAAAAACAGAACCAAUGGAAGAUCACACUGAGGAAGAAAACGGUCAUUAUGGUGAUUUUGUUCCUUCAGAUGUGAAGAAUGAAUCAUGUCUGGAUGGAGAAAUAACAUCAUCAACAUCAAAAGAGCGUAUGACAGCACAAUCUCAAGAGAAGAAACUUCAUUCAGGAGAGCACAGAGUGAAGAAGACGAAGAAGAAGAAGAAGAAGCAGUUUCACUGUGAGCAUUGUGGGAAGGAUUUUGUUGUCUUAUCUAAGCUGAAACGUCACAUGAUGAUACACAGUGAUGAAAAGUCUUUCUACUGCACUGAAUGUGGCAAAUGUUUCAAAACCAAAGAAUAUCUUGAUAGUCAUAAGAGAAUUCACACAGGAGAAAAACCAUACGAGUGUCCUCACUGUGAGAAGAGAUUUAACCGGAACCAUCAUCUGAAGGCACAUAUGCUUUCACACACCAAUGAGAAACCGUAUCAGUGCAGUGAAUGUGGAAAAACCUUUAAGUAUUUACACACUAUAAAAUCACACACAAAAUUUCACAGUGAGGAGAAACUCUAUCAGUGUUCACACUGUGAUAAACGUUUCCAUCAGAAAGCUCAGCUGAUAGUCCAUGAGAGAGUUCACACUGGAGAGAAACCUUACGUCUGCUCUCAAUGUGGUAAGAGCUUCUCUUGUUUAUCUCAUUUGAGUUAUCAUCAGAGAGUUCACACUGGAGAGAAACCUUAUCACUGUAGUGUUUGUGGGAAGAGUUUCAGUUUUCACAGCAGUUUAGUGUCACACAAGAGAACUCAUACAGGUGAAAAACCUUACAAAUGCUCUCAUUGUGAGAAGACAUUUGCUCAUGCAGCUUCCUUAAAACUCCAUCAGAGAGUUCACACUGGAGAGAAAACUUACAUCUGUGAUGUUAGCGGAAAGAGUUUUAAUCAACAUCAAAAUUUAGUGACACACCAGAGAAUUCAUACAGGUGAAAAACCUUACAAAUGCUCUCAUUGUGAGAAGACGUUUGCUCAUGCAGCUUCCUUAAAACUCCAUCAGAGAGUUCACAUUGGAGAGAAAACUUACGUCUGCUUUCAAUGUGGGAAGAGAUUUUGGGAUUCAUCUCAAUUAAGUGUUCAUCAGAGAGUUCACACUGGAGAGAAACCUCAUCAUUGUAGUCUUUGUGGGAGGAGUUUCAGUCGACAUGCCCAUUUAUUGUUACAUCAGAGAACUCAUACAGGUGAAAAACCUUUUAAAUGCUUUCAGUGUGAGGAGACGUUUACUGAGUCGGAUCACCUCAAAGUUCAUCUGAGAGUUCAUACUGGAGAGAAACCUUAAAACUGAUUCAUCUGUGGAAAGAGAGUCACUAAUGUAGGAUCUAUUAAGACUCAUCAGAAGAAACACACUGAUGAAGAAACUACACUUGAAUUAUUGUAGCUUUGUGUUUAUUCAGAAUGAGUUCAGUGAACUUUCAUGGCUUUGUUGGGAGAAUAAAUGUAAUGUUCUAUCUUAAGUAUAGCAGUUUGCGUGUUACUAGCUUCUUAUGAUAAAUCAAUUUAUUGUUUUUCUCACUUUUGUAAGUAUAUUUUAAAAAAGUGUCUGCUAAGUAAGCAAUUUUUGCUGUCACUUAUUCCCAAUUCAGCACAUACUUGAGCACACUAUAAAUAUUAACGCAAAGUAAUCAUGUAUCAACACAACAAUGUUAAAUUAAUGAAAGUUUCUAUUUUGCUGGAAAAAAUGGUCUUUUAUGUUGACAUUUUCAAGGCUGCUGUGCAGUGAUCAACAGAAUCAGUGGGUGCAGCAGUCAGACAUGUUUUAUUUUUAUACAUUUUUGUCAUGUUAUAUCUAGUGGUCAAGCUCUGCAAUUUUUUGGAUGCGACCCCAGACUGGGCCCGUACAUAAAUGAAUAAAUUCAGGGUUGCAGGAUUAGUUUUGACUUGACAAAACCAAACUAAUGUGAUCAGGCUUAGUUGAUACCAUGAAAGUAUUACUUUUUCUUUGUCAACUCAGGGUUUGAUCUGAAACAACACACAGUAAAUUAUGUGUUGUUAAUUUAACACCCUUCAGAGUGAAACACAAGAACAGCCACUGCCUUAGAUAAAAUCAACUGAAAAGACAUUAAAUCUCUCUUAUUACAAAACAGACUGUCCUUAUUUCUGUCCGUUGUCUGCUUUUUGAUAAAUAACAGAUAUUUAGAUGUAAUGUUUUAUUGAAAGUGUUUCCUUUAGUUUAACUGUUUGACUCUUGACUUUUUCAGUGUUUUAUAUUUUUGUAACAGUAUUCAUUAAUCUCAGUUUGGUUCCCACAGUCCUCCAGUUUGA